CGACACGGCCGAGGCGCUGCCAUCGGAAGCGGGAACCGUGAUUCUUGUCCGCGAACCUCUAGACUCUACCUCUUUGGCCGCGCCUCCCUGAUAACUGCCCCCCGCGUUGCUCAGGUGCCUCUCUGGAGGACGGUCGGUUGGGACGCCCGUCAUAAAGGUCCGCCGUCAACAAGCACCCGGUGUUUAUGGGCCCCCCACUGGAGCGGGCCGAGGAAAAGCAAGCAGCAUGACUGAUCAGACUGGCUGGAGGCCUCCACGAGCAUGUGACGAUUACUGGUUUGAAUGGAAACACUGCAAGAGCCUACGGAACAGGUUCUAUCAUUACUACAUCUAUGGCGAAGCCCCCUCCUGUUCUCAGUGGAAGAAGGAUUAUAAGAAUUGCCAGGAGUGGCAGAAAACGAAAAGCGCCAUGGCUAAGGAUGCUCUGUGCCAGAGUGAAGGAGAGCGGAUGGCAGAGAAACAGAAGCAUGCUCCGGUGUGGAGUAUGAGGAAAAGCCCCCCAAUGGACUGGUAUUUGCCCCUUGGUGAAGAUAAACCAAAGUCAUGACGUGCUAGAUUUGGGACUUUUGAUCAACACCUCCUAGGGACAUUUAUAGCAGCAGUAUUGGACAUGAAGAUUUCCAGCCAUCAAUCCAUGCUCCCGAAAUGUGGGCCCCUCACUUCAUUCACUCGUGCUGGAUUUAUUUGAAAUACAAAUGGCCAUUCUGAA